AUGGCGGACGCGGCGGCGGCAUCCACCGUUCGUGAUUACAAGGCACUGUUUAGCGCGGCAAUGCCACCCGUCCUUCGCAGUCACACCGGAAUGUCGUCCGCGUUACUGAAGCCGAUGCCAACAACACCAGAAACGGGAUCGUCUAGCGGCCUUGUGUGUUCGACGUAUUGCCUCGGCGACUUGGAUGGGUGUGGUCUGGCGGUGGGGAGGCCGCUGCUUGGUGGCGGUUCUUGCGCGACGCUGCAUACGAGGCAGAUGAGUGCAGGUUUGCUCCGCCGAGAGAUUUUUCUCCGCGGCGAAUUUGAUCGUCUGCGCCAUGCUGAGGAGGAACGCAUGCGUUGGGACCACCAACGUGAGCGCGAGGCGAGGCUUACGGAGGAGCGGCAGCGGAUGCUUGAGACCGCAAAGGCAAUAGAGCUUGAGCGUGUGAAGCGCACGGAGGAGCAGCAGCAGCGCAUCUUGGUGCAGGAACGGGAGCUGGAGGAGUGGAAAAACGAGCGGGCAAAGGAGGUGGAGGAGCAGCGGCGUCGCCGCAUGGAGGAGGAAGAACGGUUGCGUGCGCGCCAACACGAGCGGGAUAUGCUGCUGCUGCGAGAGGAGGCGGAAGUGCGGCUUCAAACGCGGAAAUCGUUGGAUGACCAUAAACAGUCAAUUGAGAGUGCUGUGAAGAGCGCCGCGGAGUUGAUGCUGGCACGGCUUUGGAAGGAGUUCAAGGAGGUGGAGGUUCAGUGGGUGACGCGCUUUGAACACCUGCAGCUGGAGCUCAACAGUGGGACAGCCGCGCUGCGCCAUGACAUUGAAUGCGAGCGUAAGUUUGUCACCGGUGGUGAGGCACAACUCGCAGAGACGCGGGCGCAACUAGGUAAACUGCUCGAGCAGCUAGAGGAGCUGCGGCGGCAGAAGGACAUUGAUGCACACAACCGGGCAACGGAGACAUCGCUGACAGAAAUACACCAAAAAACCAUUGAACGGCUGCAGCGCGCGUUUGAGGAGGAUAAGCAAAGCACCAAACAGUGGUUCAUGGAGGAGCAGCAGCGCACAAAGGACUCUCACGAACGCGCCCUCCUUGAGAUGGAGGAAAACCAUCGGGGCCAGCUUCGUCGCUUGGAGGCAACCCUGGAUGAGUCAAAGCGCCAGCUGCGUGAGAUGGAGGCGGAGGUGCAGCAGUACAAGGUGAAGCUAGCUACGGCGGCCCUGAAACCGUCCUCAGCUGCCGCAGAUGAGGUGCGACUACGAGAAGAGUUGCGGGCAGUGCGCAAACAGCUAAAUGAGGCGGUAGAUGCAAGGCAGCGUGCUGAGCGGCAGUCGCACGAAUUAGAACGUGAGUGCGAUGAUGGUCGCAAUGCCCUGCAGGCGCUGCAGCUGGAUAUGGAUACUGAGACGGCGCGACAUGAAGUGGAGCUUCGAUUACUACGCGAAGAGAGCGAGAAACUCAUGAACGAGCUUACCCGUGCAAGGGCGGCGCAUGCGGAGGAACUGCAGGAGCUUCGUAAGAAGCAACGCUCUAGCGAGAGCGCCGUCUCACGUGACGCGGCGAAGGAGGUGGAUGCGACAAUCCGGCGAAUGACUGAGCGCCACGAAGAGGCGAGGCGCGCACUAGAGGCGGAGAAGGCUCAGCUGAUGCAAAAGUUACGAGAGGCGGAGCAGCGACAUGAAGACUCACAACGGCGUCAAGAGCUCGAGCUGGACGAAUUGAAGGGUGCACGGCGCGACAGCGAGCGACUUAAACAACAGCUUGACGAGAAGGAUCGUGUUGUGACCGAGCAGCAGAAGACGAUUGAGGAACUCAAGCGGAAGGACGUUUCAGUUGCUGAUGUGACUGCACAAAAUCGUAAAAUGCAACAGGAAUUGGAGCAGCUGCGCCGCGACCACGAGGCCGCAACGCGUGUCAAGGACAAGGAACUUCACGAUUUGCGUCGCGACGCCUCAGAUGCACGGCGUCGUAAUGUUGCCCUGCAGGAUGAGUUGACGGCUGCGCAGCGAACACGGGGCGAGGUGGAGGUACAGAUGAGGCGUCUCGUGGACGAGGCGUCCUUGAAGGAAAAACAACUUCGCCGUGAAGCGGAGGAGUCCACGCAAACCGCGCAGUCGUGGAAGGAUCGCUACACCCAGCUACAAACACACUCUGCGUCGUCGGCACCAAAGAUGCAGACUUUGUUGAACGAAAAGGAAACUGAGUUGGCUCUGCUUCGUGACACGAUAGAUGCCCUGAAAAGGGACAGAGACACGCUGGAGAAAAGGGUACAAGAGCUGCAGACGCAUUCCAUCACUAGAGAGCAAGAGAUACUGGACCAGGCGACUACAGUGAAGGGGCUAAAUGCUGAGGUUGCUGCGUUGCGGGAGCAACUUUCCGCGACGCUGCGUUCAACGAAGGAGGUGUCAGCGCGUUACCCACUCCAGCCGAUGGAGCACUCUCCCUUCCCCAGAGCCAUCGACACGGAUACGUCCGCCGGCGCGCGCCUCGCACAGCCAACAUCGACGGUGGAAGCUUGUAACAGCGGAAACCUUAGAUUUGCUUCCACUGGACCACCGCCUGUUUCACAAACAACGCGCUCAGCUUCCGAUUUUUCGAGUGUGUUCUCAGCGCCCGCUGAGUCUACAGUCCUGAGAGGAACCUCGGUAGGAAGCCCAUCGCAGCUUCUCGCUGCGGAUAUAUCUUCAACACCACGCUCCUCUACCGUGGUGCUCCCGGCGCGCCCUCCUGAAGGACUCACUUCUUCUGCAGGGUGUCCCUCUUCUUCCUUGACACGAGGAUCGCUUCCAGGAAUGCCGUCUACAGGGGCAGGAGUACUGAACGUGGGAGCACAUGCAUCUGCGCCUAGUUCAUCACCCUCAUCUCCACAAGUUAGCAAUUUUGCUGCUAUUUCGCAGUCGUCUUCACUCACGGUACCGGUGCCCUCGGCGACUUCGACGGUGACAACAGUUUCUCUUGCUCAGGCAGUCGUGCCUGUGCCAGUUCCUGUACAAGUGCCUGCAAAUGCCGCUUCUUUGGUUUCUUCCGGAGGGACUUCCGCGAUACCUGUGCCGGUGCCGCUCCCCAUACCAAACCCUGCAGCGGGGGCUUCAAGCCUGCAGGUGGUUCCACGAACAUCUGCCGCCAUACCUGUGCCUAUACCUGUGCCAACUGCUUCAAUGGCCACAAGUACCUUUUCAGGCAAUUAG